UCAUCGGCUAUCGAUUUCGUCUUGUUGAUAUUUUGUCUGUUGGCAGCAACAGAUGAUAAAAAGAAAUGGUUGAACAGACUGCAAAGGAUUAUGCUAAAAUUAUACAAAGCGCGGAUCUGGAAAAGGAGAUUAAUCCGCUCUGCACCAACAUAGACGACAUGCUGGCCCGACUAGACGAGUUUGAAACGGUUUUGGCCUCCGUGCGCGCCGAGUCUAACGGUAUCAUGGCCAAUCAUGUGUGCAGUAUUCUCAGCUUUAGCGAAAACUUUGGGGAGCUGCGACAGCGAAUCGACAACUUGGAACAGUUUGUGGCCACGGUAAACGAGAACCUGAACGAGGUAGAGCGAUCCGUGGAUGUGGCUGAGCAGGAGCUCAAUAUAGCCGACUACAGUAUAAAGGGCUUGCUGCUGAAACCAUUAAGGGCCAGGCUAGCCGCCACAGAUACGUCUGGAACGCCGCCCAAAAGUAAUCUGGUCGAAGGCGAGUUCCAGCCGGUGCCCAUAUUCAAAUCGGACGAUUACUUUGGCAGCCGGGCGGAUGAGACGAAUGUCAGCGUAUAACGCCUAACUAG